AGACUUGUUAUGUUUAGUUUAGUAAUUACUAAAUAGUAAAUACUAAAUAUUUAUUUAAUUUGAUUGUAUUCAAAAUAAGGUUUUCCGAUUUGUUAAAUGUAUUCUAUUUUACUAUUGCUACAACUUACAAGUAACACUUUUCUGUUCUUAUGAAAUGUUUUUCCAGUAAAUUCAAGUUUCAAUUGCAAUAUUAUGAACACAUAAUAUAUAAACCCCACGUAUGUUGUUUUUGAUAGAUGAACCAUGAAUUCACUGAGAGAAUCGUCCGUUUGUUAAUGGAAGUGUCUACUUGUUUCGUUUGAAGUGUUUUCGUAACUACUUUAAUUUAACGUUUUGUAUCUUGGUGCGAUUUUGUGCGAAAAUAUGGUCGAAGAAAAUCGAACAGAUUUUGGACAAGUGGACAUUGUUGAUGAUGACAAUAUGAUCCGGUUGCCGCGACAGCGUAUUGUCGAUAUGUAUAAAAACGCUAUGUCGCGCGUUCGCGUUUUAGAAGCAAAGGCGAACGAAGCUACAAUAUGUAUUAGAUGUAACCUUUUGUGUGACAAGAGGGAGCGGACAGACCAAGAUUUUCGUAAAUUAGUUUUACGAGAAAAAUGUUUAUUAAGAAAAUUGACUAUUAAAGAACAAGAAAUACAAGAAUAUGCUGCACAACUGACAGCCUUGCGUAAUUCUAUUCAAAGCAAUUCAAUAUCCUCACUAAAAUGUUCAUUACAAGAUCCAGCAGUAAAUCUUUUGAUUCAAAGAUUACGACAAGACCUUUGUGCAACAAAAAUUAGAUUGGAAGAAACUCAAAGCGAAUUGAAUGCCUGGAAAUUUACACCAGAUAGUAAUACUGGAAAAAGAUUGAUGGCAAAAUGUCGUUUACUGUACCAGGAAAAUGAAGAACUUGGUAAAGUAGUAAAUAGUGGCCGAGUAGCUAAGCUUGAAGGUGAAUUAGCAUUGCAAAAAAACUUGAGUGAAGAAGUUAAAAAAUCACAGUCAGAAUUGGAUGAAUUUCUACAAGACUUGGAUGAAGAUGUAGAAGGAAUGCAAAGUACAAUAUACUUCUUACAGAAUGAACUUCAGAAGUAUAAAACUUCUGUUCAAAGUACUAACAAUUCUGCAAACAAAGAAACAAAUCCAAAAUCUAUUGUUAACGGUAAUAAAAAAGAUGAUGUUAGUGCAACAGUGAUGUCUGUAAAAUCAAAAACUGAAAUACCUACUCAAUUGGUCAAAAACCUGCCAAAACCUGAUAAUAAGUCAAGUAAACACAAUAAACCAAAAGAAUCUAAGAAAUUAACUGAUGGUCAAAAUAUUAUUGCUAAAGUAAAAAAAAUACGACCAGUAAUAGCAGAAGGUAUAAGCCAUAGUGAGCAAUCCCCUAAAGUACAUAAAAGUAAACACAAAUCAGAUGGAAGUAAAAAUGAAGAUAAACGAAAAAAGGCUGAAAAAAGAUCCCAUAGCAAAGGUGAAGUGGUACAUAAAAAGUCUAAAAGUGAGCUUCCCAAAAGUAUUGAAGUGAAGACUCCCGUAGAAGUAGCUAAUGUACUGCCCAAUGGUUCAUAAAUAUUGUUAUUUUAAUGUUAUUUUUCUUUUAUUAAUAAUGGAAUGUUGAUAAAAAAUACCUAUUGAAUUAUUUUUCAACGUUAAUUUUUUAUGUUUAGGUUUGAAUAAAUAAUUUUUAAAAAAAUAUUGUUAUUGAAAUUUAAUAGAAUAAUUUUUAUACCUUAAUGCUUUGAUGUUACAUAUUGACAGGAACUAUUAACUAAUUGUGAGACUUACAAUGAUGUGAUUAUUUUCUCAAUAUAAUCUUAAUUAAAGUACAGAGUUGAUGUUUUGGCUUAAAAUAAAUUUUGGUGUUACAAAAGGUCUAAAUAUGUUAUAUGAAUGGAACAAAUGCUGUGUAAUACUUCAUAGCUCCCAAACAAUAUUUUCUAAUGUGUUAUUCUAGAAUCACCAAGUUUUUAAUGUAUUUUAUAUUUACCAGUUAUACAUUUUAGAUAUGGUGUAAUAUGAGUUAAAAAAUAUAAUAUUUUGAUAUCAAUA